UAAAAUUAUGAGCGACAAUGACAUAGUAAUAGCCGGUAUUGGCGGCCGUUUCCCGGAAUCGGAGACUACCGAUGAGUUUUACGAUAAUCUGUACAAUCAUACGGAACUGUUGUCUGUAGACGACCGGCGCUAUCCUAAAGACGUUUACGGUUUGGUAAACCGGUUCGGCAAACUCAAGCACACCAACAAAUUGGACGCAUAUUUUUUCGGGUUUAUCGACUUCUAUGCGGACACUACCGACAGUCCGGCCAAAAUAUUUCUCGAGACCACCUACGAGGCAAUGAUUGACGCCGGAUUGUGUCCGCAGUAUAUGCGCGGCACAAAUACCGGUGUCUAUAUCGGUACCACCGAUUUCGGUACAACAAUGGGCAUACCUGAUGAACUGCAGCCGGAUAUACCUAAAAAUAUUACCGAACAAUUUGCACUGGUCAACGGUUGCAGUCGAUCAGGCUAUGCCAAUCGUAUAUCGUUUGUAUUUGAUUUUAAGGGACCGUCGAUGAUUAUCGAUACGGCCUGUUCGGCCAGUCUGGUUGCACUGGCCAAUGCGGUCAAUGAUCUUGAAUUAGGCAACUGUGACUAUGCUAUAGUCGGCGGCUCAAACAUAGUAACCCAACCCUACUAUAAUAAUUUGUUUGUCGGACUGGAAAUAUCGCCAGAGGACGGCUGGCCGAAAGUUUGGGACGAAAAUGCCGACGGCUAUGUCCGCGGCGAAACCGUUGCCAGCGUAUUGUUGACCAGACGAUCGCUGGCCAAACGUGUUUACGCUACAGUACUCAGUGCGGCCGUUAGCAGCGACGGCCGCAAAACUUACGGUAUGUAUUGUCCAUCCGGUGAGGCCCAGGAGGCCCUAAUGAUUCAGGCGUAUCGCCGAAAAAAUAUUGAUCCACUCCGUGUCAACUAUAUGGAGGCGCACGCAACUGGCACUCAGGCCGGAGAUCUGGAAGAACUUAAAUCAAUAUAUACAGCAUUUUGCGGUCUACCGAAGCGUACGGACGAUAAUCAACUAAUGGUCGGUACCAUAAAAAACACUAUCGGCCACUGCGAGGGCGCCUCCGGUAUUGUGUCACUGAUUAAGAUAUUGUUGUCGUUUGAACGGGAAUGUAUACCGGGUAAUUUGAUUAUCGAAACAUUACGUAAAUCUAUUGACAAUCUAAUUAGUACCGGACUAAUUAAACCUGUUAUCGAUAAUGUAAAAUUUGAACCAGCCAUAGCCUGUACCAGUAAUUUUGGUUUGGCCGGUGUUAAUGCUAUAGCACUGGUCGAAGCCAACAACAAGACACUGGUAGACAACCGUAUAUGUCAGCCCAUACCCAGACUAGUCCAAUGUUGCGGCCGUACAUUGGAAGCCAUUACUUAUUUGAUGGACUUUAUCGAAGAAAAUCCCCAGAAAAUCACGCGCGACUUUCUGGCACUGUUUGCCGAUACUGUCAAACACGUGCCCGACGUUAACAGCGAUGGCUUUAAAUACAGAGGAUCGGUAAUUAUCAAACACAUCGGUAACAAACCCGACGAUUGCCAAUACGAUUACCGCCGACACGUCCGACAAUAUAACGGUAAAUCUGUACGACCCGUUUGGUUCUUGUUUUCGGGACUGGGCGGCCAAUAUCCGGCAAUGGCCCGAUCGUGGAUGGCCAUACCGGUAUUUGCCGCAGCCAUCGACGAGUGUCACCGGGCAUUGGCCACCAGUGCUGAUUUUGGCCAUUUUGAUGUCAAAUCGUUGCUGUUGUCCGACGCCGGUCCCGACCAACCAGUGUUGGACACAAUGUUGAAAAAGUUUUGCGCAACAGUUGCCCUACAGAUUGCAAUGUGCGCUACGCUCGAGUCGCUGGACAUCAAACCGGACGGCAUAAUCGGGCACUCGUUUGGCGAAAUAGCGGCCGGCUAUGCGGACGGUUGUCUGACCGCUCGCGAAGCCAUGAUUAUAGCCUACAUGCGCGGUGUGAUUACCGAAAACGAUAGACAAAUACCGCGCGGUCUGAUGGCUGUCGUCGGACUGUCCAAAGCAGAUGCCGAAGACAAGUGUGUCGGUCCGGGCGUCGAAAUUAUCUGCAACAACGGACCCGAAACGGUAGUCAUUUCAGGAUUGUACGAUCAGAUGAUUGAAGUCAUACGGAAACUAGAAAAAGAUGGGAUAUUUGUUCGCCAAUUGGACAGUUCGGAGAUACCCUAUCAUAGCUCUUAUAUGGUUACCGCCGGAACACCGAUGGACUCGGAGAUCAAGAAGUAUAUGCAUAGGCCGUCACGUAUGCGAUCAAACAAAUGGUUGUCGACAUCGUUUUCGGACAAAGAGUUGUCCGACAUGACGGUGACCACUAUCGGCCAACAUCACAAUCACCAACAACAACAACAUUACCGUACGGCAUCGCCCGAGUAUUAUGCGCACAAUUUGUGUAGUCCAGUCUAUUUCUAUGACCGCAUCCAGAAGCUACCGGCGGAUGCCAUCUUCAUUGAAUUGUCGCCGCACUCGUUGUUUGCUAAUAUAAUCCAUCAGUCGAUGGGUCCGACCGUAUCGGUAGUAUCUCUGAUGAACGAGAACUACAACGACGCCGACAAUCUGGACUUGUUUUUGUCGUCUAUCGGCACUCUCUACGAGUUGGGUCUUAAUCCGUCCAUUGAGAACCUGUAUCCCAAGGUCGUGUGGCCAGUAGCCAGAGGCACACAGUCAAUAGGUUCGCUGAUGCGCUGGGAUCACAGUGCCGACUAUUUGGACCGUACAUAUCCCCAGUACUUUAACCGAUAUACAGCAUCCGAUCUAAACUUUCCGAUACUAUUGAACGAUAUGUCCUAUCUUCGCGAUCAUUGUCUGGACGGUCGGUGUAUAUUUCCGGCUACCGGUUUCCUAUCGAUAGCCUGGCGUCAGUUUGCCGCCAGCCUGGGUCGUACAUGGGAACAGGUACCCGUGCACUUCAGGAAUGUUAUAUUCAAAAAAAUGGUUAACUUAGUUGAAGACAAACAAAUCAAUUUGAAAUGCCGUUACCUCGACUCUACCGGCGAUUUCAGUAUCACUUACGAUGGCGAUGAAGUAUGUUGCGGUCAGAUCCGGUCGCCCGACGACAACGACGACUACUAUAUGGACUCAUUUAUGCCAACAAAUGAGGACAUCGGGUCUCCCGAUGAUGACGACAAUGAGGAGGAGGAGGAUGAGGAGGUAGUAGUAAUGACACAGUCGGACAUCUACAAGGACUACAAGUGUUGUGGCUAUGAUUUUGGCGACAAUUUUCAACGACUUCGGCGGCUGCGAACCCGAAACUUUCGACAAUUUCGGGGUCAGUUGGACUGGUCAGGCAAUAUGAUAACCUAUUUGGAUAGUCUACUACAGUCGGUAUUGGUGGAACCCGUGCCCGGGCAUCGUCGACUACUAAUACGGGUACCCGUAGAAAUUCGGUCGAUCAAAAUGAAUAUGUCCAGAGUGUAUGCGGCCGUCAAACGUGGCCGCUAUGUGUUGGACACAAGCAGCGGCACCAUCGGCGCCACCGCAACCACUACCGCAUUGAUACCGCCUAAUAUACAGCGCCGGUAUCAUAUGUAUACGGCUCGGAUGCCCUUCCGGACCGAUUUGGCGGCCAAAUUGAUUGUGGCCGACGGUAUCUGUGUUGAAAACUGGACACUUGAGACCAUUAGCCGUAGACCUACGGAGACCGAGGAUCUGGUGCUCGAUUCGUACGAGUUUGUGGCCAACGAUGAUAGUUCAGCUAUCGGUGCCGAUCAGCGUCUAGAGAUUGCCAAUUAUAUUGAGAUAUGCAAAUAUUUGGCCACAAAAAUCAAAAUCAAUGGCUUAACUAAAAUGUUGUGCGACUAUAACUACAAACAAUACAGUCGACAGGCCAUCGAUGACUAUAGACAACAACAACAACUAUGUAGUGUCGGUACCGGCGGCGGCGGCGGUAAUAAACUAUUGGACACCAAUCGGAUAAUGUUUACAGUAUUGGAUCAAAUGUCGACACUAAUAGACAAUAGACAGCCGAAAAUGUUGGACACAUUUGUCCAGAAUUUACUGGAAACGGGUGGUUGCGAUCUGAGUCGGGAUCUGAUCAAUACAAGUGUAGCCGAUAAUCAGCGACUUAUUCGGACACUGGUCGACAUUGUAGCCGAAAAUCUAACUCAACCGCAUCCACCAUCAUUGGCCACCGGCCAUAAGAAACAAUUACCGCAGAUAAAAGUAACCGAAAUUAAUUUGACCAAUUCGCCGCCAGUGACCCGAUUAGUGUACGAAACGUUAGCCUAUUCGCGACUACACUAUCCCGUACAAGUAGACUACAAAUUGGUGACCACCAAAACCGGUAGUAGUGUAGUCCAUGAGCCGACUAUUGUCCAACUGAUUGGUGGCCAAGAAAAUUUGAUUCAAUGGUCUCAAUGGUCUGAAUGGUCAAAACAACAACACCAACACAACGAUCUGGUAGUUUUCAGGGAUAGCCCCGAGCUAUGGGAACUGGAUGUCAUGGAUUUUCUUAGAAAUCUAACAGAUAUUAUCAAUGAUCGCGGAUUUUUGUUGGCUAUAUUCAGAAAUAAUUUAGCAGAACCCGAGCGGUCACUGCUAUCGUUGACCACUACUAAAACCAAUUUGACGGACAAUCAUCUUACUGGACGUAUCGACCAGUUUUGUAUGAUAGCCGCCGCCAAAUUCGGUCUCAAACAAGUGGCCCGUAAAUACGAUACAAUAGUAACUACGGCCCUAUUGUUUCGCAAACUCGACUCCACUCGACUACCGGACAUACCUGACCCGAAUCGGGUAAUCAUUAUGUCGGGCGGUGGCGGCUAUGACGACAUGUUUGAUCGCGUCCAACAAACAUUGGCCACCGCUAGUAGUGGUGAUGGCGACGACAAACUGUGGCUAAUAGCCAACGACACGGACAACCCGGUCAUUAACGGCGGUGCAGUCGGUUUUUUCAAUAGUCUACGCCAUGAGUCGGAUGCCGCUGCCGGCUGUAUAGAUGUGUCAUCUUUGCGUUAUAUUUGCCAAUACAACUGUCCUACCGGUGGUGAUGGUGUUGUUGUUGAUGAUAACAAUAAUAAUGGCAAACAUACUAUCAUCGACUUUAACCGCGAACCCUACGACCGAAUACUGUCCACUGAUCUGGUAAUGAAUGUCAUCAAAGAUGGCAUAAUCGGUACCUACAGACACAUCGGACUGGACAGUGGUUUCGAUACCGUUUGGUCCAAUGAUUACUAUCUUAAAGUAGACAAGUCGUACAACAAUAGUAGUGAACAACCAUAUAAUCAUCAAUGGAUUAAAUUAAUUAAUAAUAAUAUUACAUAUAAUAAUACUUCAAAUGAUAGUCAAAUUGAUAGUCAACAGUGUUAUGUCUAUUAUGCCGGUUUGAUUGGCCAUGAUGCUUUUAUUAGCUCAGCCGUAAGUUGUUGUGCGGCGACGCCGACGACGGCCGCCGGCAUCCACGCGGACGACGGUCCUAGUAUUGGCUACGAGUUUGUCGGCCGCCGAUUGGGCGACGGCCAGCGUGUAAUGGGUUUCGAUCAUACGUUGCAUGCAAUCGCCACCAGAGUCGACAUCCGAUCCGAUCAUAUGGCUCCGGUACCCGAUAAGUGGUCAAUGUUGGAGGCGAUAACAGCACUGGCCGGCUAUUGUGUGGCCUGGUAUGGUCUGGUUGAUCAGGCUAACAUUAAACAAGGAUCUAGUAUUUUAGUACACUCGCCGACCAGCGAGUUUGGUUUGGCCAUUAUAAAUGUGGCCAAACAUUACGGCGCCGAUAUAUACGUUACACACGAAACGGCAAAACAAAAACAAUAUCUGAUGACUGAACUAAAGAUACCGGAGUCGCGUGUAUUGGACAUCAACACCAACAACAACAACAAGAAUGGCAAACAAUUUUAUCAGUAUAUCCGUCGGCAGACCAGUGGUCGUGGCGUUCAAAUUGUAUUCAAUACACUGACUGAUGAAUCGGGUGUUCACCAGACGUACGACUGUCUGGCCGAUUGCGGUCACUUUCUUGACUGUAGCCAAAGCCAGGCAAGUGGUCGUCGUAGUGGUGGACAUCGGUCGAUACCGGCAGCCGCGGCCGCCGCUGUCCACUUUAUGCGAAACGUACGCUAUGUUAAUCUUAAUGUCUAUCGGGUGGCGGCGGCUGAGGCGGCAGCGGUGGCCAAACAACAAAACGGCUCCCGAUUUUUCGCCAAUUACUUUGAAUGGUUGAACCAAAACAUUUCAGACAACGAUUGUAGUAUCAGACCAUUGAAUACAAUAAUCUAUACUAAAGAGUCGGUCGAUGUAGCGCUCAGGGACUGUAUGAAAGGUGAUCUAAUUGGCAAAUUUGUAAUCAAAAUGCGCGAUGAGGAACUGGAUGAUAAAUUACAGGACAUGAGCCUAAAUAAUAAUAAUAAUAAUAAUAAUAUGUUAGUAAAGUGUGUAACAAAAUUCAAUUCAAAUAAAGUCUACAUAAUAACCGGCGGUUUAGGCGGUUUCGGUCUCGAGUUAGUCCAAUGGAUGGCCGGGUUGGGCGCCAAACGAUUUGUGUUGACCACACGAUACGGACUGCGAUCAGACUAUCAGAAAGCAAUAGUCAAACGAUUGGAAUCGAUUGGCGGCGGCGGCGGUCAGGAAUCGGAGACGACGACUGGUCGGGGGGUUCGGCUGCCGAACCUACGGCUAUUGAUUGUUACACACGAUUGCAAUACAGAGGACGGGGCCCGUCAACUGUUGGCCGACGCCCUAACACUGGGACCAUUGGGCGGUUUGUUUCAUUUGUCGCUAGUGGUCAACGAUUGUCUGUUUACGGAAAUGUCGAAACAACAGUUUACCGAAUCAGUCGACUGUAAAUAUAAACAAUUUGAUCAUUUGGAUCGGUUGACUCGGGAAACCCUAGCCUAUCGUUUAGACUAUUUUGUACUGUUUUCAUCACUGGCCUGCGGUAAGGGUAAUCCCGGACAGACCAACUAUUCGUACGGCAACUCCAUGUGCGAGCGCCUGUGCGAACAGCGCCGCCGCCGCGGCGAACACGCACUGGCCAUCCAAUGGGGUUUUGUCGGCGACGUUGGCUAUGCGGCCGAAUUAUUGGACAGAGGCCAGUUGUCAUCGUUGUCGUCGUCCAUCAUCGGCACAGUUAGCCGACAACGUAUUCAUCAGUGUCUCAAUACGUUGGACCGGCUGUUACAAUGCAAACAGCCUAUAGUUACGUCCUAUGUGCGCACACCAUUGUCAAACAUCAGGGAACAACAACUGGGCAACAAAUCAUCCAACAAGUCAUCGGUAAUAAAAUACAUUUGGCGGGCACUGGGCAUUGAUCCAAAAUAUACUGAUAUACACACAACAAUGGGACAGAUAGGCAUCGAGUCGCUACUGGCCAUCGAAAUGAUUGAUAGCCUGAAACGGGAGUUUGGUUUACGGUUAACUAUGCAGGAUCUCAAAUGGAUAACCGUUAAGCAUCUGCUGAAUCUGGAAGUAGGCGACACCGAACAUCUGGCCAACUAUCUGACCGAAUUGACUAAUUCCCGACAAAGAUUACGGUCCGUACAGUUCAUGAUCGGUACGGAUCGGUUGACCAAAUUGAACAACAGUCGAACUGGUCGACCAGUCUAUAUAGUGCCGGGACUGGAAUGUAAUUUUACCGCUUUCGCCGAAAUGAUCGACGCCAUCGAUCGGCCAGUCUAUGGCCUGAACUGGACGACUGAGUUGAAUCAGUUCCGAUCGUUGGACGAACUAAACGAUUAUUUUAUGAAAACAUUGAACGAGUUGUCGCCCGACGGUGACCGCCAUCACUACGAUCUGAUCUUGAAUUUUGAUGGCAAUCUAUUGGCUGCUGAUCUGUACGACAACGAUGACGACCACCACCACCACCACCGCCAGGCGAUCAUCGAUCAGUUUAACGAUCGGCUGGUCUAUGUCGAUGUGAUCACACAUUUUAUGGCCAAUCUCAAGAUGGACAACGACAACGAUCUCUUGUACGUAAUAUUUUUGUGGAUGUGUUUCGAUAUACCAGACAUUAUCAAACAAAAGAUUUACAAGACGUCGGUAAUCAUUGGCGGCGAACAACAACAGACAAUCGAUUGUAAAAUCGGUCGUUUGUCGGCCGAAAUUCGUAAGUUUGUCGGCAAAAGUUUUGUCAGUCAAGACAUGGAACAGAUGAUCGCCAAUGCCUACAAACGACUGAAACUGUGGCUACAGUUUGUCCGAAGUCAGGAACCGAGGGAUCUGAUGCGUUUGAAACGUACGGUACAAUUGGAAACGGAUGGCAAACUAUUGUGUUUGCGGCCAGUCAUCCAGGAUGAGAUAAUUGUCAAUUAUAUUGAUUAUAUGGAUAAAUAUUAUUUAUCAAUGAAUUUGCCGGUCAAGUUUUUCAAAUGGAUCAAUCAAGUGAUGAUUGAUAAAGUCAACAAAUUUUUGUCUGAUUAAAAUAUUUA